UGUCUGGGCAGGUAAUAAAAUGAUCUAGCGUCCUGGGCUGCAUCCAAUGCAGACCCUGGUCUGGAAGGAACCGGACGGCGAUGUAUAGACGUGGUGAUGACGUGAUGUCCUGAGAAUGACGGAGGAGCAGGUGAAAAGCACGAUGGAGGAGUUCCUACUCUCCCAUGGUUACCAAGUGGGCAAAACCAUCGGAGAAGGAACAUACUCCAAGGUCAAGGAAGCCUUUUCGAAAAAACACCAACGGAAAGUGGCUGUGAAGAUUAUAGACAAAAUGGGAGGACCAGAAGAGUUUAUUGAGAGAUUCCUGCCCAGGGAACUCCAGAUCGUCAAGCGCCUGGACCACAAGAACAUCAUCCGGGUGUACGAGAUGCUGGAGUCGACGGACGGGAAGAUCUACCUGGUGAUGGAGUUGGCUGAGGACGGUGACGUCUUUGACUGCGUCCUGCAAGGAGGGCCGCUGCCUGAAAGCCGCGCCAAAGCCCUCUUUCUUCAGCUGGUGGAGGCCAUCCGCUACUGCCACGGCUGUGGCGUGGCGCACCGUGACCUGAAAUGCGAGAAUGCCCUGCUUCAGGGCUUCAACCUGAAACUGACUGACUUUGGCUUUGCGAAGCUACUCCCCAAGAACCGGAAGGAGCUGAGCCAGACGUUUUGUGGAAGCACAGCCUACGCCGCCCCUGAAGUGUUGCAGGGGGUGCCCCACGACAGCCGGAAGGGGGACAUUUGGAGCAUGGGCGUAGUGCUGUACGUCAUGCUCUGCGCCAACCUGCCCUUCGACGACACAGACAUUCCAAAGAUGCUCUGCCACCAACAAAAAGGGGUCUCCAUCCCAGGACACUUGGGGAUUUCCGAGGAAUGCCAAGACCUCCUCAAAAGCCUGUUGGAGCCGGACAUGAUCCUCAGGCCUUCCAUCGAAGAAGUGAGUUGGCACCCGUGGCUGGCCAACUCCUGAGGGGAAAGGACCAUGACAAAACCCCUCCCCUAAUAAAAAAGGGGACAGGCUGUUUCCAAA